GGUGUCGUUGGUGCAGCGGCUCGCAGCGGAACGACGCGGAUGACCAGGAAGUCUCAGGAGCUGAUUGGGCUUUGGCGCGGUUAGCGGUACCGCGCUUUGCCUACACUGACGAUAAUAGGCAGCGGUAAGCAGGAAAACGCGUGCGCAGCGACUGGGACGGUCCCUAGACGGCAGGCAGGCACUUUUUAGCAGCUCGACCCGAAUGUCUAGUGUGUCUAUCUCACUACUUGGCUUUCAUUUUUUGGUCCAGUUUCAAGCCUGUUUGCUAGUAAAACUUAACCAGUUUCGGGCCAGCGCUGGCAUUUGUCGAACCCACAGCAACCUGCGUGCCAGGCUCCAAAAAAACGGGCGCCAGCGCUUCUCAUUGCUGCACCAGGCUCAAGGCUCCAAAAAGUGAGCUGUGUGCCAAAGUAAGCUGUGCGCCAGGCUCCAAAAAGAGAUCAUGAGCAGACCCCCUGCGAACCCCAACUACGACGAGAAGAUGGAUGCGGCGAUCGCGCGCGCGGGCGGCGAGCCGGUCGCGGAUGCGACGCCGGACGUGCCCCAGCCGCCGCCGGGACGCACGCCGGCGCGCGCCAAGUUCGCGGCGCGCGCCGCGAAGCACCGCUCGCCGCCGCAGCCGCCGAAGCCUCCGAAGCCGCCGCGAAGUCCGCAGGACGAUUCUAUGGAAGCAAUCGGUCUCAUGGUAGAACAGUGCCACGUGGCAAGGGAAGAAGGCGACGACGAUCAGGUGGUGGCCGCUUUACUUCCUCUACUGAACGCGGCGCGUCAUCAGGGAGAUGAUGUUGUGAAAGCGCUCGCCGACGCCGCCUUGAAAGGUUCAAAACCGCGGCUGCUCGCGUCGCUGGAAGUCGCGGCGACGGUCGCGGCCCGAGGUGCCGACGAAGUUGUCGGCGACGGCGGCGUCGAGACCGAGGACGACGCUGUUGAAAGUGUAUCGAGGGCCUGCGAGCGCCUCGCGUUCUUGGGUUUGAGUGAUGACGCGACGGAAGCGCUGGGCACGGCGUUGGCCGCCGCGGCGCAUCGUCGAGCGAACCACGCCACUCUUGAGAUAAGAGGUGCCAUACCCGAGGAGGAGAACAGCGUGCACGCCCACGCUACCGCAUUAGGAAAUGCGCUGGGUGCGGCGUGUGCCGCGGCGGCGGUCGCGCAAGCUUGUACGGUGUUGGGCGAAGCGCGGUGCGCAAAGGCCGCCGAAAAACCUUUACAAAUAGGCGUCAACGCCGGCGUCGACGCUUUGGAAAGGUUCGCGAUGAUGAAGUCCGUGGAAACUGUUAGUAGGGAGCCCAUUUCCAACUUAACUGAAGCUGAUGCUUUACUAGACGAGUGCUCGUUCGCGCUGCAGUUCGGCCACCGCUUUACGAGGUUCGUCGAGGGGGCGCUCGGGGAGGGUGAGACCGUUACGGCUACUCUCCUGAAAUCCUUACAAACCUUGGAAGGUUUGUAUAUCCAACUGGAAGAUAGGUAUAGAGAUGCGGGCGUGCGAGAAGCGCUUGAGGAUAUGGACGACCCGCUGGCUGCCUUGCAGGACGCCUUCUUCGUGUUGCGGAGGGGCGUGGACCGAGCUGUCGGGACGCUAUCAGAGCAGGCCGCGCUGGCGGAAUUACACCGGACGCUGGCGACGCUGGCCCUGGACGCCGAAGUCUUCCAGUCAGCGGCUUCACUAGCUACAAGGGGCGAGAAGAAGGAGCUGUCGUUAAUUGAUGCGGUGGAUGAGGAGGUCCGCGGCGCGUCGAUCGAAUCCUUAGCAGUGGCAGCAGGCGGCGCCUUCGCCUGUGCUUCUUCGGUGGCGGCGCUGAAGGAUGAAGUGGUGGGCGAGCUCGCGCGGUCGGUACCUUUAGCCGUGCCUCUACUAGAUGACUUCGACCACGCCUCACACCAGUACGACGAGCUCGCGGCCGGUGCGAUCUCGGCGUUUUGAAGUGUUGCGGCGCCUUCACGCCAUCGACGCGACUCGUGUCCAUCAGACGAGGUCGUGGCUGGUUUCUUUUUUGAUUUUGAGGCCAUUCGGACCGUUUCCAGUGAAUACGAUGCUCCUCCGCGCAGGUGCACUAUCCGCUUUGUUCGACGAGCCCGGUCUGAUGCUUUCUCGGAGAAGUUUCUUUGCUGAUGUUGUUGCUGAUAAAAUAGGAAGGUACUCAAAACUGGGCGACCAGGACGUGCUUGGUGACGACGACUCGGCGCUGGACAACGCCUAUGAGAAAGUACUAAAUCAUGCCGCUUUGACGGCGGCCUUGGACGCGCUGCCGGCGGGCGCGCCUAGAUUAGCGUUAUGUCGGAAAUUAGCGAAAGACGCUGCGAAUGCGGUAUUGGCGCGGUGCACGAGCGGCGACAACGUAGGCGCCUUGGGGGCCCUCGCGCUACGGCGCGACGCGCGGAAGCUCUUCGCGACGCUGGGCGCGUUAUUGCCGUCCGAGGAGUCGCUGGGCGAGGGCGAGGUCUUUCGGGCGACGUUACGUCCCGAGCUCGAGGCCACGACGGCCGCUUUGGCGUUGUUGUGCGUCGAGGCGCCGAGUGACGUGAGGACGCUGCGGCUGUCGGCCGCGGGCGUAUGUCGAGGCGACGUGCGCGCGGCGUUGGGGCUGCGGCGCGACUUCGAGAAGAAUGCUGUUGAUGCAGCGGUGUCGGCGGCGGCCGUCGUCGAGUCCGAGGGGCUUUCUCGUUUUGCCUGGUCGGCGCCGGGGUCCGCCGUCGAGUCCCAGUAGGUUUUGUGUUUGUUUUU